AAAGAAAGGAAGGCCAGUUGUGGCCCAGCUGACCGACAGUCGAGUUGCCACCGUCGCUGACCCCAUCGCAUUCGCACGGCGACCGAAACUGAACCAGUGGAUUGUAUCCGCAAUCGGGAUUAUUAUUUGUAUUUUUCCGUCGUUUUUAUUGAGGCAGAUUGAACGGACAUUCUUUGCAAGUGAUUUGAUUUGAAAGAUCCCGGCCAGAAAAGGAAAGAUUCAACUCUGAAGAAGCGUGUGGUUUGAUUUCAUCCUUGGUCACUGCCAAAUAUGGUCGUGUUGUCUGCCGUUCUUCUUUCUCGUGCCGUGCGUGUCCUCCAUUUGGACCUGCUAAAAAACUGUUGAUCGUUCGUUCGUCCGCCCCCCCCCCACCGCCUCAUUUGUGUUUUCAAAUUUUUGAAUUUAUCAUUAAAGAAAAAGAAAGAAAGGAAAAUGAAGGAGCAAACGGAGAUGACGGUGACGUCAUUUGCUCUCCUUUUCCUGGCACUGACGUCCGUUUUGGCCUUCAACGUGGACAUCCCCAGUGCGCUAACUCAUCGAGGACCCAGUGGAUCCUAUUUCGGAUUCAGUGUCGACCUGCACAAGGACCGAGGAGUUAAUUGGUUGUUGGUGGGAGCUCCAACUGCGCAGACGGAGCAACCGGGCGUCGCACGCGGGGGAUCCGUUUUCCGUUGCAGUACCGAAAUUCCCGACCAAUGUCAAUCCAUUCCGUUUGAUGUCACAGGCAACAAUAACGGAUCGGGACAACAGAUUGAUCAAAAAUCAGAUCAGUGGUUUGGUGCAACUGUUCGAAGUGCGGGACCCAAUGGCCCCGUUUUGGCGUGUGCUCCACGCUACGUUUGGUUCUCCAACAAUUACAAACGUCGUGAGCCGGUGGGCACCUGCUUCGUCGCCCGUGAUUCUUUCCGUGAAUUCUCUGAAUAUUCGCCAUGCAGAACUUCUUCGUGGGGUUAUCAUCGUCAAGGAUCAUGUCAAGCCGGUCUCGGAGCCACCAUUUCACCGGAUGGGCUUCGUGUGUUUAUUGGCGCUGUUGGCAGUUGGUACUGGCAGGGUCAACUGUUUUCUCAAGGCCUUUUCUCGAGACUUGACGUUCUAUCAACGACAGAAGGAUCAGCAGCGGAAGAUGACAGUUACCUUGGCUAUUCAUCAGCUGUUGGGGAUUUAGACGAUGAUGGUCGAACAGAUGUCGCUGUUGGUAUGCCCCGCGGUGCUAAUUUAACUGGAAAGGUUGUCUUGUUGUCUUCGAAUUUGACCAAUAUCGCCAAUAUUACGGGCCAGCAACUUGGCGCUUAUUUUGGCUAUUGCGUGGCCGUGACGGAUGUCAACAACGACGGACUUCAGGACGUCAUUGUCGGUGCCCCUCUGUAUUCGAAUUACGCCAACACCGAAGGCAAAUACGAAAUGGGACGAGUGCACGUUUAUUACCAGAGCACCCGUCUGCGACAAUCGUUCCGUCGCAGCGACGUCCUGGACGGCGGAGAAGUGUCUAAAGCUCGUUUCGGAUUAGCCGUUUCAGCCCUGGGCGACAUCAAUUUAGACGGAUUCAACGAUAUUGCCGUAGGCGCCCCGUACGAUGGACCCGAGGAAAGGGGUGCAGUCUACAUUUAUCACGGAUCCAGUAAGGGCAUCCGGACGAAAGCCACUCAAGUGAUUUACGCUGAACAAGUUUCGUCUGAAUUGAGCACGUUCGGUUUCUCAUUGGCUGGCGGCAUGGAUUUGGAUGGAAACGAAUAUCCGGACAUCCUGGUCGGCGCUUACGAUUCUGAUCGCGUCAUUUUCCUCCGCUCGCGUCCCGUCGUCUACCUCAACACGGUCGAUAUCAGCUACGAUGUAGAGUCGAAACAAAUCGAUUUAGAGAACAAGAAUUGCUCUCUUUUGGAUGAAACUGCCGUCGCUUGCGUCCCGUUGACGCUUUGCUUCGAAUUCAGCGGGCGAGGAGUCAACAAUCGAGAGGAAGUGAUGGUCCAGCUCAUUCUCGACUCCAAGACCCCUAAGAAUCCGCGUCUGCAUUUCCUUUCAGAGGAGAACAAAUCGUCGUUGAAUGAGACGUAUCAAUUGGUUAAAGGCCAGCGGGCGUGUCGUACCUACACCGUCUACGUCCGGCCCUUGAUCCGAGACAAGUUGACACCCAUCGAGUCUGAGGUGCGUUACAGUCUGCGAGAAGUGACUGCCGAUUCGAGGAGAAUUGGAGCAGGUCAACGAACGAGGCGAUCGCUGCCCCCCGUAUUGGGUGCGGAAGCGCCGUCCAAAACGGACGUGAUCGUCAUUCAAAAGAAUUGCGGUCCCGACAAUAUUUGCAUACCAGACAUGCAAGUCACGUACAAGGCCAAUAUUGACAAGUAUAUCUUCGGAUCGGAUAAGAAAUUGGAAAUUGAAGUGUCGGUGUUGAACGCGGCCGAAGACGCUUUUGAAGCCGCCGUUUACCUGACGUUGCCGGACGAGGUGAAAUUUGUUCGGGUUGAUCGAGUGGACGAAGGUGCCCCUCCUGUUUUGUGCUCAUCGCCUUCAGACGAAUCGGGUCAGCCUGUCCUCCGGUGUGAAAUCGGCAAUCCGCUGUCGGCGUUCCGCACGUCCGUCUUUACAAUUGUCCUCCAGCCGAGCGCCCGAUUGGCUCGUGAAAACGCGGCUGCUGCCAUCGCUGCUGGCCAGAAAGCCAAAUCUUCCCUCGAGUUCAUCCUGGAGGUGAACAGCACCAAUCCGGAAGACGCCAGUCAGCUUUUUGAUAAUCGGGCGGAAAUUUCGUUACCUAUCCGAGUCGAAACGGAUCUGUCCAUCAGAGGGAUUUCUGAUCCGGAAGUGGUUCGAUUCAACUUAUCGGCCUUUGUUAGCUCUUCGGUUCAGGUGAAGAGCCACGAGAACCAAGUCGGUCCGCAAGUGAUUCACAUUUACGAGCUGGGCAACCGAGGACCGUCGGACAUCCUCAAGGCCAACGUUUACAUCCUGUGGCCCACAAAAACGCUAUCGGGCAAAGAUUUGCUGUACUUGGUCGACAGGCCAUUUGUUGAUGGACCUGCCAGUUGUCAACUGAUGGAACAGUUCAAUCCAUUGGCCCUUAAACUGGAAAGUGAGAGAUUGAGCGGUUCAUCCAGCGCAAGUGGCUUUGGUAGCCAAAGAAGCUCUUCGUCCAGUAGCAGCUCAUCGUCUUAUUCUUCCAGCAGUUCUUCUUCUUCUAGUGGUUCAUCUGGAUCUGGAAGUGGCACUAGCAAAUCGAGCAAAACGACGUAUUCUUCCAGCAGCAGCAGCAGCUCUGGUGCUGGCGCUAAUGUUAUUUCAUCAUCGUCGUCAACGACAUCUGUUGACGGAAAACCGAAAACAAGUUCCACUUCUUCAUCGUGGAACAGGACGUCCACUGUGACUCGUUAUGGUCCCGACGGUUCUGUUCUAUCCACCGUUAGCACUCACAAUACUGGCGCUGGUGCUCCUGGACAAGUCAUUCCUGGCCAAGUCAUUCCUGGCCAAAUAUUUGAUGAAGAAGAAGAUUACGACUACGAUGAAGAACUGGAUCAACAAUCGACUGGGGGAAGGAGGAGACGUCAAGUACCAAUGAAUUGGCAACACAGCGGCAUCAAGAAGAAUCGCGUCCGCAACCGUAGACAAAGCCAACCAAAGAACUUGGACAAGGAAUUGAAUUGCGGAGCGACACAGUGCACCAUCAUUAAAUGUUCUGCCGGACCCAUCACUAGCAACAACAAUGUCGUCUUCAAAUUACGCGCCAGAAUUUGGGCGCAGACGAUUUCAGAGAUUGACUGGGAGGAUUUGGUGAUUUCGUCGAAAAUGGUGGUGGACAUCAGCGAACUGCCGUACGGUAUCGAUCCUGAUUAUCUUCCGCUGCGCUCAGCCACCGUGACUACUACCCUCGAUCAGCUGGAUCGGGAACGAGAGGCCAGAGCUAUCCCGUGGUGGAUUAUUGUACUGGCUGCGGUGGCCGGAGUUUUGCUUCUCCUCUUCCUCAUCUUUGCCCUCUGGAAGAUGGGCUUCUUUAAGCGGAGUCGACCGGACAAAGAUGAAUGCGAGCAGGAGCCACUCAAAUCGGAGAACGGACAUUUACAGAGGGACGAAGCCCUUUAAACGACGUUAUCGAAACUUGUGCUCGUCUACGGGAAAGUGUGAAGAAGCUAACCGAAUUGAUCAACACACAAUAGGACUGUACACAAUGUAUAAGGCUAUUAAUAGAGAGCUGCUAUUCUUUUUGAUAAGAAAUCUGGACAGCAUGAUGGUCCAUUUAAUUUCUAUUCUUUGGUUAUCCCCUACCCAUUGUUUCACGAUUUGACUUUUGUUUGUUGGGAUGUGCAUUGUUGAGACGACCGUUCAGCCUUUUUUUCGUGUACAUCUCUUUUAUUGUGGGGGCUAAGUAAUUCGUCCAAACUUUCGUCUAAUCUUUGAACAUUGACUCUUUGAAUUGUGUGGUGUGUGUAUAAUAAUAGUUGUCAUGAAUCAUCGGCUAGCUUAUACCAAUUGAGAUUGUGUGGCGCGUACUUGCGUUGAUGGAAGCAAUUGCGGUCGUUUUGAUCGCAAUGAAUGAAAGCACAAAACGUGAGGAUUACUUGGCUUUUUAUUUGUUUAAAUUUGCAGUAAUGCUCAAACAGAUUAACGAACAAAAAUUAUUUGGGCUACUUCACCGUCUUGUCGUAACUUUUAAAAACAUUUUGGUCGCCAUCCAUUUGGCAACUGAAGGCCAAUCACUUGAUUGAAAGAGGAUUAAUUUUGUUAACACACCAUAAGAUGUCAUCCUGUUCGAUGUUGCAACAUAUCGUCGACGAUGAACAAGUUUCUCGAUAUUUUCCAUUUGCAAUAAUCAUAGUUUAAUUCUUAAUCCUCACUGUGAACCCUCUAUGUUAACCAUCUCCAUCCUCGUUGUCAUUUUCGUUCAUUGUUCGACUGCCUUCGCCUGUCAAAGCAAACGCGUCCACAUUUAUUUUUCUUUCAUUAUUUUCCUGCUGUUUGCUUCGGUUGUUGUGCUACUAUUUGUUUUGAAUAUCCAACUUGUUCUGCUGACUGGCUUUUGUUUGUGUGUCGUCGUACCUCAUAUGGGUCGAUGUUUUCUCACUUAACGCAUCACCGACGAUAAAAAAAAGCCUUUUCUCAAAAUGUCAUCACAUAAUAUCUGAAAGAUAUGCCAACAGCCAAUUGUGUCAAUUGUACAAAAAAAGGCAAACAUAAUUAUUUUUAACGUUGUUCGUGACUGUGACGACCCAUCACAUUCUACUUAAACUAAUCUCAAUCGAAAUUCGACUCUAUUGGACAAGCGAUUUAUAAUGACGUGUGUUGAAUGAUUUUGUUAAAGCCCAUUUGAUAACAGAGGGACAAUGAUUGCAAUGAAUGUAUUUCGGGUUUUGAUUCCCUCGACUAAUGAAUAAUAUAUUGAAAUGACAAUCUUAUACGGCCUUGCAAAGUGAUCACUGUUUUAUGGACGCAACAGUUUCACGUUGGAGCCGUUCGGCUGUGUGUGUGCCUAAAUUUAGAGACUUAUGAAAUAAUGUGUCACACUGUUAAAAAAUACGACUAAAAACGAUGGUCAUUUAAAUGUAAUAGCGCUCGCUGGACUGAUGAUCUGCUGCUGACUGUACAUUGUUUAUCUCUUCUCAACCCCAUCUCUCCUUUUUUUUUUCAUGUGAACCUUGUCAGCGCAGACAACAAUAAAAACUAACUAGUCCUCGUGA